CCGGAAUUGUAUCACAUCAAGUUAAUAGGUCAUCACAGAUCCAAUCCGCCAUGUUACCGAAAAAAUCAAUAAAGAGGUUGGAUUUUACUUUAAUUUUUUUUAGUCCCUAGCCCUUCAUUGGUCAAACUCAGGUUGACUGUUCCUAAUUUUUUAUUUUUUUAUUCCCCAGACCGCAGAUCGACGUCGCGAGAGAUGGAGACGGAAGGGGAGGGGAAGCCGAUGACGGCGGUGUGGGGCCUGGAUCUGGAGCGGUACAUGGGUCGGUGGUACGAGAUUGCGUGCUUCCCGUCGGCCUUCCAGCCCCGCGACGGCCGGGGGACGCGCGCCACCUACGCCCUCCACCCGGACGGCACCGUCUCCGUUCUCAACGAGACCUGGACCGCCGGCGGCAGUCGCCGCGCCUCCAUCGAGGGCACCGCCUUCCGGGCCGACCCCGCCGAUGAGGAGGCCAGGCUCAAGGUCCGCUUCUACGUCCCGCCCUUCCUCCCCGUCGUCGGCGACUACUGGGUCCUCCUCGUCGACGAGAACUAUCAGCACGCCGUCGUCGGCCAGCCUUCAAGAAAGCAUCUUUGGAUACUAUCAAGGCAGAUCCACACGGAAGAGGAUGUCUACAACCAACUGGUGGAGAAGGCUAAAGAACAAGGCUAUGUGACAAGGUUACAGAAGACCCAGCAAAUAGAUCCUCCUCCACUUGGUGAAGGCCUCAAUGCCACAAAGGGCUUGUGGUGGAUUAAGUCUCUCCUCGGCAAAUAAAGACAUACAUAUUUUCCAUAAAAUAAAAGAGGCGAAAGAACGGAAAGACCUUUUCCUCAUCUUGAAUAAAAAGGGCUGCUAGCAUUCACUGGAAUUUUUAAUAUGUUUUUCACCUUAUAUUCUUUUAGAAGGAAUAUGAUGCAAAUUUCAGGAACACUACAUUCUGAUGUGGAAAUUUUUGAGAGGAAAACUCAAGAACUUGAGUAUAUUUUCGUUUCUUGCAAA